AUGUCUGUCCAGCCACGGAAGAGGUGGUGGCAUGUGCAGUGGUACUCUGACUUGGACACAAAGGAGGAAAGAAAGCUCAUUCUCAAGCUUGAUUUACUCUUUGUCCCAUAUGCAGUAUUGUCGUACUGGGUAAAAUAUGUUGACCAGGCCAACUUGAACAAUGCCUAUGUUGCUGGCAUGAAAGAGGACUUGGGGUUCUUUGGAAACCAGCUGGUCCAAUUACAGACGUUUUACGUCGUCGGAGCUGUUGUCGGCCAACUCCCCUUCUUGUGGCUCUUUACUCAUGUGCCCAUGUACUGGCUGAUUCCAAUCAUGGACGUGGCCUGGGGCAUUUUUACACUCCUUCAGUACCGGGCACACUCCUUUGCCGAGUUGGCCGCUUACCGCUUUCUGGUCGGAUGGUUCGAGGCGGCAUUCUUUCCAGCUAUCCAUUAUGUGUUUGGGUCCUGGUACCGUGGCGAUGAGAUUGCCCGUCGAGGUGGCGUCUUCUACAUUGGUCUCUCCUUGGGCACACUGACGGCCGGUCUCAUCCAAGCUGGCGCCUCUGCGCGACUUGAUGGUGUCAAUGGACUGGCAGGCUGGAGAUGGAUGUACAUAAUCUGCGCCAUCAUCACCAUUCCCAUAGGUUUGCUGGGAUACUUUCUCAUUCCUGGCACUCCUCAGCAGCCGAAUCGCUGGGUGCUCAAGCAGCAUGAUAUUGACCUCAGCAUCGAGCGGCUGAAGCGGGCGGGCCAUAGUGCACGCGGCGCCGUCACGCUCGCGACGGUGAAAAAGGUCCUGCUGAGUCCACACUUUUGGGCCAUCAUUGGUGUCGACGUUCUCUUCUGGAAUGCAGGCAUUCACACUUCUGCCGGCGCCUUUUUGCUAUGGAUCAAGAGCCUUGGCCGGUAUUCCACUGCCCACGUCAAUGAGCUAGGCACUAUCGCUCCAGCUUUGGGCAUCUUUUACACCUUGUUCAUCUGCUUCUCCUCAGAUUUGUUCCUGGGUCCGGCGUGGGCCAUUACUCUGUCCACGGCCUGGAACGCCCUGGGCUUGCUCAUCCUCGUCAUCUGGGACGUGCCCGAGGCGGCCAAGUGGUUUGCCUUUUCCACCAUUUACGCCUCGGUCGCCCUGUCGAGCGUCCUGCACGGCUGGGUCAAUACGCAGCUCCGGGGCUCCCCGGCCGAGCGCUCCUUUACCCUGGUCCUCAUGAAUGCCAUUUCCCAGUCCACCACGGCGUGGACGCCUUUGCUCGUUUUUCCCACGGUCGAGGCUCCACGUUAUCUCAAGGGUUUUGCGUUUUGUUUUGCUUGCGCCAUUGUCUUGAUCCCAGCCACGCAUGCGCUCAAGGCCUAUGUCAAGCGAAAGGAAGCCAAAUCCAACGACUCGAUUUCCACACUGUCUGAGGAGCCUCAUGAGCCUCAUGCAGAUGAUGGUGCAAGUAAGACGGCGGUGCAGACCACGCGAGCUGGUGGUACAAGCGAAUAG